GCCUAUUGUUGUGUAUGGACAAGGAAGAAAUAUGACGAAUGUUAAUUAUCAUAAUGCGAGGAUUAAAGAAUGACCAUAAUAGAUGUAUCGUUGAACAAGGAUGUAAAAAUACCUUUUGAGGAAAACCUCGGAACGCAAUGAAUCAUAAAACGAGAGCAAAUGAUCAGAGCUUCAACCUAUCUACCACAACAAUACCGUCCUAUAGUGAGUUUGAACCUGGUCCCAAACAGUCUAGCUCUCCUUUGACACCGGAGUCUCCAAAACAGUUCCUUAACCAUGUUGACCGUGGGGUAUACGUCAUAAAAGACCUUUCCAAGGAUCCUGUGCCUUUAGUCGAAAGACUACCUUAUCCAACACCAACUCGUCCUCGAGAUAUUUCUUAUUCGGCACCAGACGACAGUCGCCUUACGGCCCCUGUACAGGAACAGGGUCAGCCAGAAUCUCCUCAUGUGUUUCUGAGCCCUGUAGAUAAAGGGGUCUUCAUUAUUAAUUCAACCUUAGAUUCUUCUCAGACGUCUAUUCCACAAAAUAAUGUCAAUAAUAUCAAAGAUGAUAGCAGCAAAAAGAAUUCAAAACGAGACAACAGAACCUCUAAUGAAGACGUCAACAACGAAAAUGAGGCUUCUCCCGAGGAAAGAAAACCUCCGGACAGACGCCAGAUUUUCGGUGUUGACGAGAACGAAGAGCGUGGUAACUGGACCGGGAGGCUGGACUUCCUGUUGUCCAUGUUGGGGUACUGUGUGGGUUUGGGGAACAUCUGGAGAUUUCCAUACCUCUGUUAUAGAAACGGAGGAGGGGCUUUUUUGUUACCUUUUAUUAUCAUGAUGUUUUUAGUUGGUAUUCCACUCUUUUAUCUGGAGGCAGCUUUAGGACAGUUCUGUAGUCGCGGGCCAACAACCUGCUGGGAGUUUGCUCCCUUAUUCAAAGGUCUAGGUAUAGCUAUGCUUAUCAUGUCUGGACUAACCAGUAUUUAUUACAACGUAUUAAUUACGUGGGCGGUGCUCUAUCUCUUCUCUUCCUUCACCAGUGAUCUCCCUUGGAGCACCUGUGAUAACAAAUGGAACACAAAAGAUUGUAGUUUGAAAUUACCAACAGUUAUUUGCUUACGAAAUGAACAAAAAUUUCCAAACGGGACAUGUUAUUCUCAGAACGUCUUCAAAGGAAUCUGGAAUGAAACUAUUUUCAGAAAUGUAACCGGAAGAAGACGCAUAUCUCCCACAGAGGAAUACUGGAACAACAAGUUCUUGAGUAUCAGCAGUGGUAUAGACAAUAUAGGGGAACCUAAAUACGAGCUAGCCCUUGGUUUGUUGUUUGCCUGGAUAUUAUGCUUUCUGUGUCUUCUGAAGGGAAUCAAAACUACAGGAAAGGUUGUAUAUGUAACAGCAAUCUUCCCGUAUAUAGUGCUAUUUAUAUUAUUUUUCCGUGGAAUUACCCUGGAUGGGGCUGGGAAUGGGAUCUAUUUUUAUAUUGUGCCAAAUUUUGAACGCCUGCUAGAUGCAAAGGUGUGGCGAGAUGCAGCUGUUCAGAUAUUUUACUCUAUGGGGCCUGGGUGGGGAGGCUUGAUUGCUUUGGCUAGCUACAAUCGAUUCCACAACAAUGUGUUCAGGGAUUCUAUCAUAGUAUCAAUAGGAGAUUGCGUCACGAGUAUUUUUGGCGGUUUUGUCAUCUUUGCUUUCCUAGGAUACAUGGCGUAUGAUAUGAAUGUGGAUGUAGAGGACGUGGUUACUAAUGGUGCAGGUCUGGCGUUCGUGGUAUACCCCGCGGCUGUAACUAGUCUUCCUCUCCCCACUCUCUGGUCCAUUCUCUUCUUUCUCAUGCUUAUCACUCUAGGAAUUGACAGUCAGUUUGCGAUGUUGGAGAGUGUUCUAACCGGAAUUAUUGACUACUUUCCAUUCUUACGUCCAAAGAAAACCUUAGUUAUCCUCAGUAUCUCCUUUGUCUUCUUUCUCCUGGGACUGCCAAUGACUACUCCGGGAGGAAUGUAUGUCCUACAAUUGAUGGACCAUUAUGUAGCCUCCUGGUCCCUCCUCAUCGUGGGUCUUGUAGAAAUCUUAGUCAUCAGUUACGUAUACGGAAUCAAUCGUUACUUGAAGGAUAUUGAGAUCAUGAUUGGGAGACCACCUUUCUUGUGCUGGAAAAUUUGUUGGAUGUUUGUUAGUCCGAUUAUUAUAUGUGUUAUAUUGCUGUUUGCAUGGAUAGACUAUUCUCCAGUCCAAUACGGUACCUAUUCGUAUCCAGAUUGGUCCGAGGCUCUGGGUUGGCUGAUGUCUUUUUUCUCAGUGAUAUUCAUUCCAAUUGUAAUGUUAUACAAAAUCAACAAAGAAGACGAGGCAAAGGGGGUGUGGGAGAAAAUCAAAUUGCUGUGUACACCAACUCGUGUGUGGGGUCCCGCCUUGGUACGCCACAGACAACUUGUGGAAUACGUAGAGGGAUUUGUAGCAGAUCCCGAGGGUGAAAGAGCGGGACACCAAUAUAUAAACUAUGGCUACGAUACAUCUAUGGCAAGCCAUUCUACUCCCGAUGUAUCCCGAUAUUCCUGGGCUUCCGGUCACACACAAACUUCCCAUGUUUCCUACGAGUCCGCAGUUUAAACAAUUGCUGUAACAAUGUUUAUUGCCCUCAACUCAAUACAUAGUCCCAGAAUAUAUCGAAAAUUGUGCAAUACGAUAUGUUAAGUAUGUUAUCAAAUACCUGAUUAUUCUCAUCUUCAAAAUAAUCAUCAUUUAAUUGUCAUAUAUAUGUACAUUUAUUAGUAGUUUUAUUGAUAUACAUGUACUCAUUUUGUAGGUCUUUUUUCAAUAUAGGUCACCAUGUUGACCAAAUUUUGUUUAACU